AUGUGUAACAUGAAAUUACUUGUUGUUGUUGUCGUCGUAUUUAAUAUACACUUGGUAUGCUCUCUGCCGAUUUCAUCAAAUACCAAUAAACUUCAGCCGUUUUUUCUCCAACAAGUUCAUCUUAUUGAGUCUAUCCAUUCGCCUAGUCUCGCUGGACAACAAUUGAAUCAGGCUUAUUUGGAUAUUUUACCAGUCGAUCGUCUACUCUAUACUUAUUACAAAAAUGUCAAUUUGAGUGUAGAAGGUAUUGAACCAUUAGGCGGAUGGGAAUCACCAAGCAGCGAGAUUCGAGGAGUUUUUCUAGCAUUCUAUCUACAAGCAUCGGCAAAAGCCUAUCUGGCCUAUAAUAAUACGCAUCAACUGGCGAAAGCACAGUAUCUUGUCGAACAAUUGUAUCGAGUACAACAGAUUCUUAACGAAUCGGGUUUCCUUGCUGCAUGGCCAUCGGAGCAUUUACGCAGAUUAGAACGUCUGGAAAAAGUUUGGGCGCCAAUCUAUUGCUAUGAAAAACUUCUUCGCGGUCUUUCCGACAUGAACACUAUGACCGGCCUCACUUUAGCUGGCACUAUGAUGCGAUCGAUGCUUGAAUACCUAUACAAUUGGGUUGUUCACUGCGUCAAGACAUAUCCUACAUCGCAUUGGCACACGAUGAUAUUUAGUACUACUGAUUAUGAAUAUGGUGGUAUUAGUGAGUUUCUCUAUGAACAAUACGGACUCACUGGUGAUCGACGUUUCUUGUGGAUGGGACAACAAUUUGACGAUGGGCAAUUUCUUGGGGCACUCUCACUCAAUUCUGAUUUCCUCACUGGUAUUCAUGCUAAUUCACAUAUACCACCAGUAUUGGGUAGUGGCCAGCGUUAUGCCGUUACUGGCGAACCACAGUAUCGAGCAAUUCUUGAAAAUUUCUAUUCGAUCGUAUGGAACAACCAUACUUAUUCAACUGGUGGAUCGAAUGGUGGUAAUGAUUCAGUAGGAUUCUUUCAACGUGAACAUUACAGCGAUGCAAAUCUUCUGUCACAAACUCUAUGGGAUAAUAAUCAAGAAUUCUGUGUUCAGUAUAAUAUGCUAAAAGUAAUUCGAGUUUUGAUCGAGUGGACUGGUGAUGCGGAAUAUGCCAAUGCCUACGAACGAGUAUUCGUCAAUAGUAUUUGGGGUACGCAAGAUCCAAGUGGACCCGGCCAUAUGUUAUAUAGUUAUCCAUUGGGUGAGGGUGUCAGUAAACCGACCUCGGUUAGUAGUGGCGGUAUUGGCUAUGGUUCUCAGUUCGAUAGUUUCUGGUGUUGUUACACGACGGCUAUCGAUCAAUGGACCAAAAUGAGUGAUUCAAUCUACUUCUUCACAAAUCAAAAUGAUGUUCCUUCACUUUAUGUUAAUCUGUUUGUUGCCUCGCAAGUCGACUGGUAUGAACAACAACAUAUCUCUAUUCGACAGGUAACCGCAUUUCCUCGCGAAACAAUUACAACUUUGAUUGUGAACACGUCAGUCGAUGCUGUUCCACUCAAUAUCUAUAUACGUGUACCAUCGUGGAUCGUCGCUAGUGACUCCUGGAUUGAGAUCAAUGGAAUUCGGCGACAGAUCGAACUGAUUCCUUCAAGCUAUGUUCUUCUUCCCAUCACUCAAUGGAAAGCAAAUGAUCGUAUUGUCUACAAUAUGGCCAUGCGCAUACAUGCAGAACCAAUCAAUGAUAAUCCGCAGUUAGCAUCCAUUCUAUUCGGCCCUGUUGUCCUUGCCGGUUUAACCAAAUCUGCAAAGACAUUGCCACGAGAUCUAAGUUUAAUUCGAAAAGUAAAUUCGACCGUGUAUGAACCGAUCAACUUCGAAGCAACCGCUUUAGAUGGUUCCAUUUUCGAACUGUUACCUCUCUACGAAAUUGUCAAUGAAACGUAUACAGUUUAUUUUCCACUCGGUUAA